CAUAACAAAAAAACUUUCGGUUUUCCUUCAUUCCAGGCCUUUUUGUUGUAAUCAAAAAAUAUAUGACGUGUAGAAAAUAUAUUUUCCCGUGCUAUAGACUGCUUAAACUGCCAGAAAUAAUGAUUUUUUAAUAAAAAUUAAGCAGAUAAGAAAUAACUGGUACACGAAACACAUCUAGAGCAGCUUUAAAGAUUAUCAAAACAUAACCAAUUGUACAAAGCGACGGCAACCUAGUAAAAAUGAUACCCGAAAAGAGCCGCUUUUUAGUUUUUGCUUUGGGAAUAUUCUUUUGUUAUUUUAUGUAUGGCAUUGUACAGGAAAAAAUCAUGCGUGGACGUUAUGGCCAGCAAACGAAUGAGGAUGGCACAAUGGGUGAAAAGUUCACAUAUGCCUUGGCCCUGGUGUGGGUGCAAUGUUUAUGCAACUUUAUAUUUGCCAAGGGUUUGCUAACAAUAAAACCCCAGAAGGAAGAUAAUACACCAAUUAGUUAUUAUGCCGUCAGUGCUUUAACUUAUCUAUUGGGUAUGGUUUCCUCGAAUAUGGCUUUGCGUUGGGUACCCUAUCCCACUCAGGUGGUGGGCAAAUCAGCUAAACCCAUACCCGUUAUGAUAUUGGGAGUGCUGAUAGGGAGAAAAUCUUACUCAUGGUUACGUUAUAGUUGUGUUUUGACCAUUGUCGUCGGUGUGGUACUCUUUAUGUACAAAGAAAACAAAGGCUCAUCGGCAGUGUCAUCGUCUGGUGGCUUGGGAGAGUUGUUGCUGAUUCUAAGUUUGGCCAUGGAUGGCUUGACGGGGGCUGUGCAAGAACGUAUGCGUUCUUUGAGUGCCCCCUCGGGUCAGCAAAUGAUGUUUGCCAUGAAUUUCUGGAGUACCCUAAUAUUAGGGUUUGCUAUGAUUGUCACAGGUGAGGGCAGAGAUUUUGUUUACUUUGCCACCCGCCACCCGGAACUGUGGGGCCAUUUGGCUAUGUUGGCUUUGUGCGGCUGUGCGGGUCAAUUAUUCAUAUUUCUUAUGGUAUCCGGUUUUGGGCCAUUGGCUUGCUCUGUAGUCACCACAACACGUAAAUUCUUUACUGUCCUCUGCUCGGUUAUAUUAUUUGGCAAUGUUUUACUGCCACGUCAAUGGUUUGGCGCUGUCUUGGUAUUUGCUGGCCUCUUCGCCGACAUGUUCUAUGGCAAAAAACCACCCAUGCCAGCCUCAAAGAAGCCCACAGCCAAAGAUGCCGAAGAUAAGAAAAAGCUUAUAUCAUAGAAUUUGGAUUUGGCCACCCCAACUAUUAUGCUAAUCGAAAAUGAGGAGCGACGACGACCAUUAACUAGCGCUAGUGUAAUUUUUGUAUAACUAUAAACCAAUUUUAUUGUAUUUAUUUACAAACAACCAAAUGAUCUUCGAUUAUGUUUUAUAAUUCUUUUUUAUAAUGUCAUUGUAAAAAGUUAAAAUUAAUUAUAAAUAAUUAUGAUUAGUGAAAUAAGGUAAUUAACAAAUAAAAAAAGAGUAAUUAAA